UCGCCAGUUGGCAGUCUUCGUUCUCACAAGAUUCAGCAGGGACCCUGUCGAGUCAGCGCUGCCUCUUAAUUCUGUGUGCUAUACAUGGGAUCAGACUUUACACAACAACUCAGACUGCGCGGGAUCACACGGAUAUUCUGGCAGAUACCCUUACCUAAAGCGCGAAACACAUCUCUGGUUGGAAUGCCUGGCUCGUAAAGUACUUGCAAGCGCCGGGACUCCAGGGCUAGGAAGAAACAGCAAACUACAUGGGAAGUGUCUUACCUAAAGAACCACCCACUCGGAGACGAGUACAUUUCUCUUGGAUAAAAACUAUUCGAAUCAGCACGGGAUUACUUUAAUUGCACUGCGCGCUUCACCACGCCUGUCAUUAAGGCUACUGUACAUCGCAAUGUACAGCUGGCAAAUCGGCAUACAAUAGCAGCUCAUUUUGUUUGCAAAAGUUGAAGUAAACUUUCCAAACGUUGACAGGUGCCCCUAGUGUGCAUCCUGCUCUGGUUCUGAGCGGACCCGAAAGUUUAUCAUCGUCGUUUUUAAAAAGUCUAUGGGUGCACUAUAUAAUAAAAUGUAAUUUAUUUAUAGCCUGUUUUUUAAUGACAGAAAUACACUUCUGGAUGGGAUUAUGUCGAUGCUACUUCUUAUUGAUCUCCAACAGAUGUUUCCGAAUAUAGAUAACCGCUUUCUUCCAAAGGUCGCAUGGUAAAUUCAAUAGAAGAAACGACAGUCCUGAAGUGCACACUCGCCGUUUAUAUUAAUCCCAAAUGAUCCUGUCAUUAUUGUUCCUCUUUGCAUCGUCUGUCCAACAACAUGGAUCGCAAGCCGAGUCAAGCGUCAGCAGCAAGCUCCCCCAUACACCAAUGAAGCAGCAAAAUGGAGUCCACAAUUCCAAGCAGGAGAAGGUCAUCACGGUGUCUGGCGAUGGAACAGUGCACAGUCCCGACUUCCCCCACACCUACCCCCGCAAUAAGCUGCUUGUCUGGAGGCUCGUUGCCACCGGCGAUAACGUUCGGAUACAGCUGACGUUCGACAAAAGAUUUGGACUGGAGGAUCCAGAGGAGGGAAUAUGCAAGUAUGACUUCGUAGAGAUCGAGGAGCCCGACGAGGGCGCUGUUCUCGGCCGAUGGUGCGGCUCAGAGUCGUCGCCGGGAAAGCAGGUGUCCAAGGGGAACCAGAUUAGGAUAAGAUUCAAAUCAGACCAGUAUUUCCCCUCAAAACCAGGAUUCUGCAUCCACUACUCUCUGCUCCAAGUGAGCGUUCCCUCGACUCCAGCCCCCUCGGUCCUGCCCCCGGCUCUGCAGACUGUGGAGGUGCUGACGGACGCGGUCGCUGGGUUCAGCACGGUGGAGGAGGUUAUGAAAUACCUGGAGCCGGACCGAUGGCAGCAGGAUGUGGAGGAGCUGUACAAACCAACAUGGCAGACGCUUGGGAAGUCCUUCAUCCACCCUAGGAAAUCCAGAGGUGCGGUGGAUCUGAACCUGCUGAGAGAAGAGGUGAGGCUGUACAGCUGCACCCCUCGGAACUUCUCGGUGUCCCUCAGGGAGGAGCUGAAGAGGACCGACGCCAUCUUCUGGCCCAGCUGCCUCCUGGUGCAGCGCUGUGGGGGGAACUGCCCCUGCUGCGCCCACAGGUGCUACGACUGCCACUGCACGCCCACCAAAGUCACCAAGAAAUAUCACGAGGUUCUGCUACUGAGACACAGGGCCGGAGGACGAGGAAUCCUGAAAUCUCUGACGGACGUUUCCCUGGAACACCACGAGGAAUGUGACUGCUUGUGCAAUAAUGGGUAGAAGCGUGCCAGCUUGCCCGCUUCAAAGGGCACAUACUGUACGCCUUACGGCAAGGCCCAGCUCCCAGUCGUCUCCGCCGCAGAUUUACGGACUCCGGGCGGAAUGGGAUUGCCCUAACACCAGCUGCCCAGUUUUUAUAUAUAUAAAAAAACGACAAAAACAAAUUACCAAUGGGAUUUGAAACCUCUGGAUGAGUCCUGUUGCUGAGCAGCACGUCCUCAAAGAGAGGGCCAGGGAACCUUCGCGUGGGACGGGAGCUGUUAAUUACUCGCUCUUUUAUGUCACUGGAAUGCUUUCCGUUUGUUUUCAGUGGCUGGGUGCGCGAGCCGCCAAGAGGCCUCUUUGGAGAGGCAGGACCGUGUCCAAAGCCGCGGAGAGCUUUGGAAACUGCCGCCCUUUGACUCCCUCGGAACUCCUUUCGCCGGAGACGGUUUUAAAUUCCGAACACAUGGUCUUAAGGGUGUCUUGGGAAAGCGCGAGCCCGUCGCUGGAGGACUGCUGCGUGUGUGGAACAGAGCCCCCUUCUUUGCCAUCGCCCCGAUGGGCGCACGGGCCUUUACUGCCUGUUGAAGCUGCAGCUUCAGGAGAGAUGCUCUGCAUUCAUCUGUCCCUCAAUCCCACAACCCCAUUCCACAAGCUCUUUACUGAAUCUGUCUUCACCUAUAAACAGUUGUAGUUUUUAGUUUUGUAUUUAAAACAUUUUUUCUCAAUACUGCCUUAUAUCUUACCAAAGGUAUUUAACACUUCUUUUGUUUUUCCUGCAAGGUUCCUGCUUUUUGUCCUCUUGUUUUGUCUCUUGUUCCUGUAAUUUGUAACAGGAGAAGCAGAGACUCUGAUAAGAGCUACAAAUAACCCUGAUUAAAGCAAAAGAGGAAAUGAGCUUUUACUGCUGGUUCAAAGCAUUAUGAGUAAGGUCAGGAAGCAUCAUGUUACAUGUAUGCUCUUUUAAAAGGAAUGUUAUAGCAGAGUGAGGUCAAACAAACUCACAGUGGACCUAUAGUAAAAAAAAAGGCAUUUCAAUUUUGUACUGGAGCAAGGACCUCCUCAUUUAAAUUCUGAAAAUGAGUUGACAUUUCCUGUAAUAUGAACCAACACACCUGAGAUAUGUUGGAAUAUAUUGUAAAUCCUGCUGCAAUUUCAUACACCACAGUGAUGUGUGAGCGUACAUUAUUUAGAGGUAGAUACUCUUUAAGAUGGGAGGUUGGAUACUUUUUUCUUAUCCUUGUUUUUCUUCAGAUUUGUCAACAUCAGAACUGAUGUUUGGUAGGCAUUUACUUGGUAUGGAAUUUAGUAGCCAUCUGAUUUUAAUUUUGUUAACUGUCAAAUUGGUUUCCACACAUUCAAUGUUACUCGUCAACAAUAAACAAUACUUUGUAAUUUGAUGUUUCACCAUUACAACUGUAAUCACAGUUAGUUUUAUAAUUGCAUUAUUUCACAGUGUGAGUCUACAGUUCUUGUGUCUAAAGUUAAAAAAAUAUUUUCAGUCUUCAAAGACGUAUGUGCAAGUAAGCUUCUAACCUUCCAAUAUUUGUAGUUAGUUUUUGGGUUCUCACUGUGCAAACUGAAAAAUUACUUAAUACCGGUUCCCUCUUAACUAACCUCAAAACAUAUGGAAAAUUACAGAAUAUCAUAUUGGCAGUCGGUCUGUUCACCGUAUUUAAUUUUGGCCAAAAUACACACUGAAAAUGUUAUUAUUACUGAUCUUAAAUGAAAUAUGAAUACAGGUUCAGUUGUGGACUGUAAUGCAUAAAUCUGCAGUUAACAAUUGAGACUUUGUUCAGAAUUUCUGCUCUGAAACCAUUAAUAAAACGCUUUGUUUUUAA